AUAAGUUUUCAAGUUGGUCGUCUUUUGAGUUUGUUUCGUUGUUGAUUUUGACAUUUCAAACCGAAUGAAAUGUUUCUUAAGAUUCUAAUUUGUAAUUCAAUAGAUGAUAAAGAGAUAUUAAAGAGAUAAAGAUGUGUAAAGUGAUACUAUUUAGCCGACUUUAUACAUAAAAAAGUUUUUGGAUUUUAAUUAGAUUUUCACCGACAAUAUUCGCCAUCGAUGUCAUGCACUUGUUUAAGUUAAAUUUCACUCGGAAAACCGUAACUCUGGAUACAUUUAAAAUGAUCAGGCGUUUGUUUUCAUCUUCUAAAAACGUGCCACGAGUCUGUGUUGUGGGUGCAGGCCCGGCCGGCUUCUAUGCAGCUACGCAUCUGAACAAAAAACUUGACUCUGUUAUAAUUGAUAUAAUAGAAAAACUUCCUGUUCCAUUUGGAUUAGUAAGAUAUGGUGUUGCUCCAGAUCAUCCUGAAGUUAAAAAUGUGAUUAAUCAAUUUACAAAACUAGCCCAACAACAAAACAUAAAUUUUUAUGGCAACAUAACACUAGGCAGAGAUUUAAGCUUGAAUCAGCUAAGGCAACAUUACAAUGCUGUUUUAUUGACCUAUGGUGCAGAAGAAGAUAAAACACUAAACAUAGAAAAUGAAGAUGCGGAAAAUGUUAUAGCAGCUAGAAAUUUUGUAGGGUGGUAUAAUGGUCAUCCUAGGGAUAGAGAUCUACAGGUGGAUUUAUCUGGAUCCAUAGCUGCAAUUCUAGGCCAAGGAAAUGUUGCUUUGGAUGUAGCUAGAAUACUAUUGUCACCCAUAGAUGAAUUGAAAAAAACAGAUAUAACAGAACAUGCAUUACAAAAACUAGCUGAGUCAAAAAUAAGGGAAUUGUAUCUUGUUGGAAGAAGAGGACCGUUAAAUGUAGCAUUUACAAUCAAAGAGCUGAGAGAACAGAUAAAAAUAAAAAAUUGUAAUACUAUUUGGAGAGAGGAUGAUUUUGUUGGUGUAGCUGAUGUUGUCAGUAAUUUAGCAAGACCUAGAAAGAGAUUGACUGAGCUUAUGUUAAAAUCGUUGAGUGACAGUUUAAAAGAACAACCAGCUGAAAAUGUUCACAAGUUUUUUAAGCCUAUUUUCUUUAGGAGCCCCCAUAAAUUUUUAGUUGAUGAUCAAAAGCAUUUGUGUGGCAUAGAACUCGCAUGUAAUAAAUUAAUUGGUGAUAAAAUGGAAGAACUCAAAUGUGUGCCUACAGGUGAUAUAGAAAUUUUAAAAUGCAGCCUUGCAUUUCGUAGCAUUGGAUAUAAAAGCGUGCAGGUUGAUAAAGGCUUAAAUUUUUCAAAUGGUUUAGUUAUAAAUGAUAAAGGACGUGUUAUAGAAAGUGAGAGUGAAGAUUUAGCAAAGCUCUAUGUUGCUGGGUGGCUAGGCACCGGUCCUGUGGGCGUGAUAUUGCACACCAUGGGUAAUGCUUUCCAAGUAGCUAAAGUAAUAUGUGAAGAUUUACAAAAAAAUAACCACGACUAUUCCAGAGGUGGUUUCGAAGAAAUAAGCAAAAAUAUAUUAAAAAAUAAUAAUCCAGUUGUAGAUUGGCAGGGCUGGACGAAAAUUGAUAAAUUUGAGAUUGAGCAAGGUAAAAAGAAUGGCAAACCUAGAGAGAAAAUUACCUCUAUUGAAAAGAUGAUACAAAUAGCCAUGGCAUAAUGAAUAGUAAAUCGAAACCAAAAUCAUAAUCUGUAAAGCUCUUUAUUAACAUGUAAAUAAAAAUAUUUUUCAUGGGAUGCUCAGUUGCAUCCCAACGUGACUAAAACAAGCUGCCCAUUCACAGAUGUAGUUGGCAGCAAUGAGACUCGCAUUCAUGUAUAAGCUAUUAUAUUAAGAAAUUUUAUUUAAAAAAAAAAAAUUUAAAUUAGUAUUAGCAAGAAUGGAUAUUUUUUUUACUAUUUUUACUUUU